CAAACAGGGUUUCUAUGGCUAUACAUACAACCUAUAUAUACAACCUAAAUAAACCCAAAAUAUUUCUAUUAUAAAGUUUUUUUUUUCAUUUCAAGUCUGUUAAGUCUCGGGAAAAUGGCAGAAGUUAAAAUCACUAAGCGUUCUCCUAUAGCUUGUACUUGCCUCCUUUCAAAGUUAAAAUGCCAAGAAAACUAUUUAAUCAACGUACAGCCGAAUCUAGAAGUAUUUCUGGAAGAUGAAGAGUCCACAUCUGAAGAAAAAAAACUUCUCGCUGAAAUUGACUUUCUACAAAAGAGAUCAAUGAUGGAUUUAAUUUCUGUAGAAAAAACAGCACAGAAAAUUGUGAACAGUAUGCGGGAAUCAAUUGCAGAGUUAAAAGGAUUGGAUAUAAAAAUCCAGAAUUAUAAUCUUAAAGAAUAUCGGGAACGUAUUCUACGGAUUGAGGAAAAUAUUGUAAAAAUGCAAAAUACUAAUAAGCUUAAUAUUGGAAAGCUGAAAUUUGAGAAUAUAGACAUUAUAGAAGCAAUUCCACUAUUUGUUGAUCUUAUUAAAGAUGAAUACAGAACGUAUAAUAUUGUCCCCCAUAGAGUAUCACAGAUGCAUUUUAGAACACUCAAGCCUGUCGAUGAAUAUUUAUAUAAGGAUGUAAAGGCGUUUGACCAGUUUCUCAAAGAUUUUGGUGGACAUACAGGGGGAUGGGAAGACGAACAGCAUGUAAUAUUUAUUAAAUACAAAACCAAAUAUCACAAAAACAUCCAAAAGAUCACAGAAAUUCUCCUAGAGCUCAUACCUGGUAUAACAACAGAUGAUAUUAAAAAUCAUAACAAAUGGUUUGAAGAAUACAUGAAAUUGAAAGAAAAUCGCAAGAAAAAAUUGGAAGAGUGGAGAAAGUCUAAAUAAAAGAGUAGAAAGUC